AUGGCAGUCAUCUCUUCCGGGGACACGCAGACCCUGUCCUGGAAGCUUUCCGGCCUGGACACCCGAUGCAACGAGACCUGCACCGCAGCCAACUGCUGCGGUGUCCACAUUCACGUGGGCAAGACGUGCUCGGAUGCCAGCAGCAUCGGAGGCCACUACUGGACUACGAACGGCACAGACCCCUGGCUGACGGUCAUGUACAACACCACGAGCAUGCCAGCGCUGGAGACCAACUUGGCUGUUGUGACCGGCGCAUCGGGCGAGGAUGUCUCAGGCCGUGCCAUGGUGAUCCACGACUAUGACGGCGCCCGGAUCGCCUGCGGGCUCAUCGACGAAGCCUCCACAGACAGCUUCGCAGCCUAUCCCGGCUACACUGGCAACCUCGCCACUGCCGGCGUCAUGAAGGUGAGCUCCAAGGACGUCACGCAGAGCUUGUCCUGGAUUUUCACAGCCGGCCUCGACACGCGAUGCAGCGACGCCUGCACAGCAGCAAACUGCUGCGGAGUCCACAUCCACGUAGGCAUGAACUGCUCAGACAAGGACACCAUCGGCGGCCACUAUUGGAACUCCACCUUUGUGACCGCCGACCCCUGGGCCAUGAUCAUGUACAACACAAGCCACAUGCCCUCGGUGAUGAUGGACGUCAUGGUGCCCACAGGCUAUGAGGAGGAUGACGUGGAAGACCACACCAUGAUCAUUCACGACUUCGACGGUGGCCGCAUCGCUUGUGCCACUCUUUCGGAGAUCCAUGAUGGGAUGUGGACAGAGAGCACGACCACCACCACCACCACAACCGCUAACCCGGCCUCUUUAAGCGGUGCUUCCAAGACCAGUCUUGCUUUGGGUGCAGUCACUGCAGUCCUGACAGUACAGAGCCUGGCCUAG